AUGCGUGGCGUCAAGUUCGUCCAGAUCCCGACGACCCUCCUCGCCAUGGUCGACUCUGCCGUCGGUGGAAAGACCGCUAUUGACACCCCUCACGGAAAGAACCUCAUCGGAGCGUUCUGGCAGCCGAGCUACAUCUUCGUUGACCUGUCGUUCCUGUCGACCCUCCCCAUGCGCGAGUUCUCGAACGGUAUGGCCGAGGUUGUCAAGACUGCUGCUAUCUGGAAGGCCGACGACUUUGCCUCCCUGGAGUCCCGCGCCGCCGAGAUCACCUCUGCCAUCUCGACCAAGGCCGAGGGCCAGGCUGGCCGCUUCGAGAAGGACCGCUCCGUCCCUCAGUCGCUCCUGCUCCAGGUUGUCACCGGCUCAAUCUACGUCAAGGCUCACAUUGUCACGAUCGACGAGCGUGAGACUGGCCUCCGCAACCUCGUCAACUUUGGUCACACUAUCGGCCACGCUAUCGAGGCUGUCCUAACCCCCACCAUCCUCCACGGCGAGUGCGUUUCGAUCGGUAUGAUCUUGGAGGCCGAGGUCGCUCGCCAGCUCGGCAUUCUCUCCCAGGUUGCCGUUGGCCGCCUUACCCGCUGCCUUUCGGCAUACAACCUCCCGGUCUCCAUGUCCGACCGCCGCAUUGCCUCUCUUCCUGCUGCUUCCCAGCUCGGCGUCGACCGUCUCCUUGACAUUAUGAGGAUUGACAAGAAGAACUCGGGCCCCGCCAAGAAGAUCGUUCUCCUCGACCGCAUCGGUAAGACUUACGAGGAGAAGGCCACCGUUGUGGCCGACGAGGUCAUCCGCAAGGUCCUCUGCGAGUCUGCCACGGUCAUUUCUGGCGUUCCAAAGAAGUCGCCUGUCGUCAUGUCGACCCCCGGUUCCAAGUCCAUCUCCAACCGCGCUCUCGUCCUCGCGGCCCUCGGUAAGGGCACCUGCCGUAUUCGUAACCUUCUUCACUCGGACGACACUGCGGUCAUGAUGAACGCUCUCGCCGAGCUCAAGGGUGCCGUCUUCUCGUGGGAGGACGGAGGCGAGACCAUCGUUGUGGAAGGUGGUGAGGGCAAGCUCACCCCUCCCCCCAAGGGCAAGGAGCUUUACCUGGGCAAUGCCGGUACCGCUGCUCGCUUCCUCACCACCGUCUGUACCAUCGUGCAGCCCACUGCCGACGCCAAGUCCACCAAGAUCACUGGCAACGCGCGCAUGAAGCAGCGUCCCAUCGGACCUCUCGUGGACGCUCUGCGCGAGGACGGCGCCCAGAUUGAGUACCUUGAGGGUCAGGGUUGCCUGCCCCUCGACAUUGGUGCCGAUGGCCUCGCCGGCGGACACAUCAAGCUCGCCGCCACUGUGUCCAGCCAGUACGUCUCGUCAAUCCUCCUCUGCGCCCCCUACGCUCGUGAGCAGAUCACCCUCGAGCUCAUCGGUGGCCAGGUUAUCUCGCAGCUCUACAUCGACAUGACCAUCGCCAUGAUGGCCCAGUUCGGUGUCCAGGUCGAGCGCCAGAAGGACGCCAACGGCAAGCUCCUCGACGUCUAUGUUAUCCCCAAGACGACCUACAAGAACCCCGCCGAGUACAACAUCGAGUCGGACGCCUCGAGCGCCACUUACCCCCUGGCCAUUGCUGCUAUCACCGGCACUACCUGCACGAUUUCCAACAUUGGCUCCAGCUCUCUCCAGGGAGACGCUCGCUUCGCCAAGGACGUUCUCGAGCCCAUGGGCUGCACCGUUGAGCAGACUGCCACUUCGACCACCGUCACUGGCCCUCCCAUCGGCGAGCUGCGCGCUCUCGGCAACGUCGACAUGGAGCCCAUGACCGACGCUUUCCUGACUGCCGCUGUUCUCGCCGCCGUCGCUACUAAGCCGUGCCUGCCCGGCCGCGAGGUGCAGGGCCUUGGCCCCAACGCCUCCCGCAUCUACGGCAUCGCCAACCAGCGUGUCAAGGAGUGCAACCGUAUCAAGGCUAUGCGCGACGAGCUCGCCAAGUUUGGCGUCGAGACUGACGAGUUUGACGACGGCAUCAUUGUCUUCGGCAAGCCUUACAAUCAGCUGAAGAAGGGUGUCCAGGUUCACACCUACGACGACCACCGUGUCGCCAUGGCUCACGCUGUCCUUGCCACUGUUGUUCCCGAGACCGUGCUGGAGGAGAAGCGCUGCGUCGAGAAGACUUGGCCCAACUUCUGGGACGACCUCCAGAACAAGAUUGGCGUCGAGUUUGACGGUGUUGAGCUCGACCAGAGCAGGCAGGCGUCCACCUCGGGCACCAGCGGUGUCCGUGACACCCCCGUCCUCCUCAUCGGUAUGCGUGGUGCUGGCAAGUCGUACAUCGGUUCGCUCGCUGCCGAGGUCCUUGGUUCCGAGCACGUCGAUGCCGACGAGGUCUUUGUCCAGCAGGCCGGCAUGAAGGUGUCCGACUUUGUCGCCCAGAACGGCUGGCCGGCGUUCCGCGAGACCGAGACCAAGAUUCUUGCCUCCUUCCUCAAGGAGAAGUCUGGCAGCCACGUCAUCUCGCUUGGCGGCGGCAUCGUCGAGACUGAGGAGGCGCGCAAGAUGCUUGCGGCUUACGUCGCCGACGGCGGUGUUGUCGUCCACAUUCACCGCGACCUCGAGGACCUCGAGGCGUUCCUCGACAACAUUGGCGGAACCGCCCAGCGUCCCAAGUGGGGCGAGGACUUUGCCGAUGUCUACCGCCGCCGUGAGCCGUGGUACGAGCAGUGCUCGAGCCACGAGUUCAUCAACAUCCUCGAGCCGAUCGCCUCGCAGUCGGAGAAGGACCACCACCGCGCCAUGCGUGCCGAGUGCGAGCGCUUCUUCAACUUUGUCACUGGCCGCAACGCGAACCGUCCGAUCGUCUCGGGUCCCAACGCCCAGCCGACCGCCUUCCUCUCGCUCACCUUCCCGGAUAUCACUCCCGCUCUUGCCAACCUGUCGACGCUUACUGAGGGUGCCGACGCCAUCGAGCUCCGCGUCGACCUCCUGUCGCCCGACGGUCAGGCUCCCUUGACCCCAAAGCUCCCUCCUGCGUCGUACGUUUCAAAGCAGCUCGCCUCUCUCCGCAUGGCGUCCAACCUCCCCGUUGUCUUCUCGGUCCGCUCGAAGAACCAGGGCGGCUGGGCUCCUUCGGACGACGUUGCCGGUUACGCUGCGCUUGUCAAGCUUGGUCUGCGCAGCGCCGCCGAGUAUGUCGAUGUCGAGCUCGCGUGGCCGGGAGACGUUCUCGCCGCGAUCCACGCCGCCAAGCGCGAGACCGCGCUCAUUGCCUCGUGGCACGACUGGACGAGCAACAUGAAGUGGGAUGGCCCUGAGGUUGCGGGCAAGUACGCCGAGGGCUCCAAGCUCGGCGACAUUGUCAAGAUUGUGGGCACUGCGACGUCCACGGCGGACAAUGCUCAGCUUGCUCUCUUCGCUGAGCGCAAAAAGGAGGACCCCACCGCCAAGCCGCUGCUCGCCAUCAACAUGGGCGCCGUCGGCCAGCUUUCGCGUGUUCUGAACCCUGUUCUGACACCGGUCACUCAUGCCGAUAUGCCGUCGCGCGCUGCUCCCGGUCAGCUCACGGCCAAGGAGGUCAUGGAGGCUCGCACGCUUGUCGGCCUGUGCCAGCCCAAGAAGUUCUUCCUCUUCGGUUCGCCUAUCGCUGCCUCGGUUUCGCCGACGCUGCACAACACUGGCUUCCAGGCCCUUGGCUUCCCGCACCACUACGACCGCUGCGAGGCGUCCGAGGUCAACGCGACCGUCCGCCGUGUCCUUGCCGAUGAGGCCUUUGGCGGCGCCAGCGUGACGAUCCCGCUCAAGCUCGAGAUCAUGCAAGAGCUGUCUGCCGUCAGUGAGCACGCCAAGGUCAUUGGUGCCGUGAACACGGUCAUUGUUCGCCAGGGUGCCAAGGGCCGCGAGCUGCACGGUGACAACACGGACUGGGCUGCUAUCCACGAGGCAGCUCUCCGCAACCUCACUCCCUCGGGCGAGCUCACGACCCUCGUUAUCGGUGCGGGCGGCACGUGCCGCGCGGCGAUCUACGCUAUGCACAAGCUCGGCGCUGCUCGCAUCCUGCUCUUCAACCGCACGCGCGAGAACGCCGACAAGGUCGCCGCCUCCUUCCCCAAGGAGUACAACAUCGAGGUCGUGACGUCGCUCGACAAGCUCCCCGCUCAGCCGGCUGUCAUCGUCUCCACUGUGCCGGGUGCGUCCCUCUCCAUGACGCCCGGCGAGGGUAUUGUGCUCCCGCCCUCGCUCAUGCAGCACCCGAACGGUGUUGCCAUCGACAUGGCGUACAAGCCGUACAAGACGGCGCUGCUCGAGGCUGCCGAGGCCGCCAACUGGACUCCUGUCACUGGCAUUGAGAUUCUCUGUCUGCAGGGCUUCCGCCAGUUCACGCUGUGGACAGGCAAGGCCGCCCCAGAGCAGAAGAUGCGCAAGGCCGCUAUGGACAAGUACUUUGAGGCCUAA